UCAACUUCCCCCCUCCUCUGUUUUUCAGAUACACAGUUUCUUACAGCUUUUCUGGAGUCAGCAGAGCAGCAUUACUUUGUUGGAUUUCGUGUGUAUUAUUAUGUGUUUACUGAUAAACCAAAGGAGUUUCCUUUAGUAAAACUGGGUAAAGAACGGCAUGUGAUGGUGUUAAACGUCCCUAGUUCUAACAGGUGGCAGGAGAUCACUUUGCGCAGAAUGGAAAUGCUGGAGAAUCUAAUUGAGGAUCGACUGGCCUAUGAAGCCGACUACAUUUUCAGCCUUGAUGUAGAUACAAAGUUCUAUGGCCGCUGGGGUGUGGAGUCUUUGGGUCGUCUGGUAGGUGUGAUACACCCUGGUUACUACAAAACACCACAUGAACAAUUCCCAUAUGAGCGUAGGCCAGAGUCACAAGCCUCCAUUCCAUCUGCAGAGGAUGAUUUUUAUUAUGGUGGAGCUGUGAUCGGUGGCUUAGUGAAAGAUGUACAUGAGCUUGCUAAAACCUGCCGGGAGCAGUUGGACAUUGAUGCUGCUAAGUCCAUUGAGGCAGUAUGGCAGGAGGAGUCUCACUUGAACAAGUAUUUCCUUUAUAAUAAACCCAGUAAGUUGCUCUCACCUGAGUUUCUGUCAGACUUUAAAGCAAAAACAAAAGAGGUCAAAAUCAUUUGCUUUUCUCAAGUUAUUAAAAACUAUGCUGCAGUUCGUCCCAACCCAUAGCAGCUGUUAUCAACUGAAACUGUUAUCCCCCUUUUUUUUGAAGUUGGCAAUGGUGUAAAAAAUAAAAAAGAAGCUGCAAAGCAUUACAAUUUAGUUGUUCUAACUGUUGUUCUAAUUAUUGUGUGCCAAAUCUGUUGCCAAAUAUAUUUAUAUCAUUGUAAGUAAACAUUUACGGCAAGACAUAACAUCAAUAAAUUACUUCAGUAACAUCAAGAUAAAUAAUAAAUACAUAACAUCAAGAGCAAUAACUGCUCUCAGUGGGCAUUUGGAUGAAAAUUUAAUUCAGGUAUAACAUUGUGGGACAACAUUUAAUGGAAUUAGUGAGAGCUAAAAGCCAUAUCUGUUUCUUUUUUAUACAAGGCAUUGUUACUAUAGCAUAAAAAUCACUCAUUUAAAUUUUUUGGGUUUUGGAGUUUAUGUCAGUUCUACAUACUUUGUGAUCAGUGAACAUUACCGUACAUAUCAGCACUUGCAGAGGCAAAAGAAAAGGCAAAGAAAUCCAGUUGAGCUCAAAAUUGCGUAAUUACUGUAUUCAUGAUUUUUUAUGCGACAUAUUUUCAUUUUAUAGCUAAUUGAAUGGAUAAUAAAGCUUAAACUGAAAACAAACAUGGAGAAAUUAUUUUAAUGCUCUUUUCCAUUUACUUUCAUUUCCAUUUACUACAAAUGAGAGUGAUAGGUUUUUUAUUGUUAAUGACAAAUCCUGAAUGUAGGUAAGAGAUCACGUCUCAUUUUUAGCACUGUGUUCUGUUUUUGAUUAUGUGGGGGAAAACUUUCACUGUAAUUCUUUAAGAUAUUUCUAUCUUUCAUGACACAUAUCCAUUAUUUUUACCAAUGCACAAUGUGACAAAUGCUAUUUUCAUGUGAAAGAAAGCCUAUGUGUCCCAUAAGUACUCUAUUUAAAUUUUAUUUUACAUU